AUGGAAAAGUUGUGGAUGCCACCCAAGCCAAAAUGGGGGCACAGGCCAAAAACCCCAAACAAGGAAGUUUUCUAUUCACUCUCUUUUAAGUAUAUCUAUGGUGGCCAUGUUGCUGCAUACAUGACGACUUUGGUGGAGGAUGAGCCAGAGAAAUACCAUAGUCACUUCAGUGAAUAUAUUAAGAAGGGCAUUGAAGCAGAUAACAUCAAGGAGUUGUACAAGAAAGUUCAUGCUGCCAUCGGUGUUGAUCCUACAAUCAAGAAGACUAAAAAGUUGGCUCCUCAAAAAUGCAAGAGGUAUAACCUAAAGAAGCUUACCUUUGAUGAGAGGAAGAAGAAGUUGGUUAAGAGGUUGAAGGCUUUCAAUGACCUAGCAACGACGACAAUAGUGAUAGUGAUGAUGAAUACUAAGCAUUUCAUGGAAUUUGUGCUCUGGUGCAUGAAUUAUGGAGCAUAUUAA